AUCGGUGCGAGCGCUAUGGGCGAGGUGUCUGAGCGCACUCUGCAGGUAGCCAUGCUCCUGUCUUUCGCCUCUGGGGUGCUGGUGGGCUGGCAAGCAAACCGCGUCCGGAGAAAAUACCUGGACUGGAAGAAAAAGAGGCUGCAGCACAAACUCGUAGAGACACAGAAGAGAAUAGAUCUCUCCUAAAGCUGCAGAAUACCGGGACUACUGUCUGCGCUGUCGGGUUUUCUACUGAGGAGGUUAUAAAGGAAAUCAAAUGACUGACGUGAGCAUAAAAUGAAUGAAUCGUUUUUAUAUAUGACUUUUGUGAAGAGACUUUAAAUAUUUUCUAAUAUCAAGAAGUGGUGGACAUACAUUAAACACAGCUGUAUAGACUGGUGGAAGAAGGAAUACACCCCAAAUUGCUGUGCCAUAUGGGAUUUGAAUAAAAACACAAUCUUUUAAAAUA